AAACACUGACCGCGCUAUUGAGUCGCUUCCGUAAACACAAGGUGAGUGCAGAAGAGAGUGAGGUGUCUACGCAUGUGCAGAGACAUCUUUAAUUGCCAGGGCAAUACGGUGCCGCAACAUAGCCACAGACCGGGACACCAGAAGAAAAAUUGAUCUACGCUCCCGGAUUACCGGCGGGCCCGGCACGGAUCGUUGCAAUUAACGUUAGAUCACUGCAGUCAUGUCGGUGGCGAAUGACUUCGGGAACCCGUUGCGGAAAUUCAAACUUGUGUUUUUGGGAGAGCAAAGCGUUGGAAAAACCUCUCUCAUCACAAGAUUCAUGUAUGACAGUUUUGACAACACCUACCAGGCUACCAUUGGGAUCGACUUCCUGUCAAAGACCAUGUACUUGGAGGACAGAACAGUGCGUCUGCAGCUGUGGGACACUGCAGGCCAGGAGCGCUUUCGCAGCCUCAUCCCCAGCUACAUACGAGACUCCACCGUCGCCGUGGUCGUCUAUGACAUCACCAAUGUCACCUCGUUCCAGCUGACCUCUAAAUGGAUUGAAGAAGUGCGGUCAGAGAGAGGAAGUGAUGUCAUCAUCAUGUUAGUGGGCAACAAGACAGAUCUGGAGGAGAAAAGGCAGAUCAGUACUGAGGAGGGAGAGAGAAAGGCACGUGAGCUGAGUGUGAUGUUCAUCGAGACCAGUGCCAAGAAUGGCUGCAACGUCAAACAGUCUAUAGACAAUUCACCUGCUGGACUUAGGAUGAGGGAAAAAACACUGUUUCGCCGUGUUGCAGCUGCUUUACCAGGCAUGGAAAGUUUGGAUGAACCCAACAAAGAUGGUAUGAUUGACAUCAAACUGGACAAACAGCCUGAAGACUCCACCCCCAAGUCUCGCUGCUCCUGUUAACACUGCGUGAUUGGACAGCCUUAUUUAUGACAUGCUUGUUGUAUUGCUUUCUAUUGGUCAGAGUCAAGCUGGACCCUCUCUGAUUGGAUGUUGGCCUGUUUGCCUGAAUAAGACUGAGGGGAAUGUGUGUGGCGGGGAGGGUGGUCCUUGUGGCUACAGGGGGAGGGGCAAGAACUUUUGGUGCCUGUGGGGGAGGGGUGUGUGGGUGGGCCUUUGGACUAACUGGGCGGGGCUUGUGGAUGGAAUGGAGUGUGGACUAAAGGUAGACAUGAACAGGCAGGGGUUGAUCCUCUGGGCCAUCCACCAUUCCCCCCAACACACACACACACACACACAUACACAUUAACACGCACACGCACGCACACACACAUACACACAAACACAUGCAGACACAUACACAAACACAUGCAGACACACACUAAGAAGGCUGACUAGUGAAAAUCUGCAGAUGGACAAAUCCAGACAGUAUAUGUAGUAUACUACUGGACUCUCUCAUACAGUACAUGAACACACACACACACACACACACACACACACUGACAUAAACACACAUCAAUGCAAGACUCACAGUCAGGCAACACCUGCAGGCCACUUUAUGUAUGACAGACCAAUUCAUCUUCCCUUGUAUUUAAAUGUAAAAAACAAAACAGACUAUGUGUAUCAGAAUUUGUUUGUUGUGAGUUGGGAAGACCUGUUUUAAAUAACCUGCAGCUGGUGUUGCUCUCAAAAAAAGGACACUGAAUGAAGUGUUACUGUAGAAUAUAUUAGCACACUGGUGGUAAAACUGUUUUACAUCUGUGUAACACUAGCUAAUUGUUAAUUUAACUCCUAAUUCUGAAUGACUGGGAGGAUGGAGCGGCAUCUGAGCCUUUUAUGCUGCCAUCAAACCACAAAUAUACCUGAAACCUGAUUGGCCCAGAGACUGCAUGACAUCCGCCAAUCAAUCACUCACCGAACAUUUCUCUCUGGAUCUCACCCGUGUUUGCCAGGUGAUGUAAGAUGAUAUGAACUCAGUGAAAUUGUCUCCUGUGAUCCAGAACAUUAAAUAAAAGAUUUAUUUGAAAAUGAGA